UCACUGUCUACAACGCAUUCACAUAGUAUUAAAUCGGACACGAUACGUUUCUUAACCAGUUAAAUUGUAAACACCGUGAGCAACACCCGUCCCAUGAGAAUGUGGACUUUAUUAAUUGUAGUAGGUUUGGCGUGCGGCGCGCCGAAUGUGGGAAAUCCUAACAAUGCUGUCAAUCAUUUCUCAUUUGGACUGCUUCAUAACACUUACCAGUUUCAAGAAAGCUUUGGAACGAAGAACGUCGCGGUCGCACCGUUGUCUGUGUGGAGUCUCUUCUCUCUUCUCACGGAAGGAUCUUCAGGCCAGACGUUCUCGGAGCUACUGAAUGUCCUUGGACUACCCAACGAUCUGCGGGCGACGCAAAACCUACAUCUAUCAGUGAAGGACAUCUUGAAGCAUAAUAGCAGAGAUUUGACCUUGAUCGGACAGUCCGCGAUGUUCUCCGAUUGUUCUUUGGAAAUCCAUCCGGAGUUUUGUAGGUCAGCGAAUUUGUACAGCACCGAUGUUUACUCUGUUGACCCUAGUAACACGACCAAGUUGGCAGGAGAUAUAAAUUACUAUAUAUGCACUGCUACAGAAGGGAAAAUCAUUGACGCAGUAAAGCCACAGAAUCUGGAUAAUCUACGAAUGGUUUUAGUGGACGCUUUGUACUUCAAAGCUAACUGGACUCAUCCGUUCGAUCCAACGCAUACGAAACAAGCUGAGUUCCAGAACUCUCAAGGAAGGACUAUUGGACGUGUUAAUAUGAUGUACCACAAGGCACCGCAUAGACAUGCAGAUGUGGAGGAAAUUGGGGCUCAAGUGCUAGAAAUGACUUAUGGCAACGACGCGCGAUACUCAAUGCUACUACUUCUGCCUUACGAAGGGAUGCCAAUCAAGCAAUUACUAGAGAAUCUAGCGUCGAAACCGACUGAACGGAAACCGCAUUGGCUAACAACAUUCCUCUCAGAGGAAGAGCGUAACGUCGACACAUACGUACCAAGGUUCUUCAUGUCCGCCCAAUCAGAUCUAAUACGUCCCAUGCAAUACACAGGGAUUGUGUCAAUAUUCGAUCCGCAGAGAGCGGAAUUACCAGGAGUUUCUACCAGCCCCCUAUUCGUUUCAUCAACAGUACAAAACGUGGAAUUGGAAGUGACAGAGGAAGGUACGGUGGCUGCUGCAGCAACUAUAGCGGGUUUGGAAGAUAGAAUCCUUGGGCCAAGGUUUGAAGCUAAUAGGGAGUUUGUGUUUCUGAUACUCGAAAGGAGUACCGGUAUCGUCCUCUUUGCUGGUGUGUACAGUGAACCUUCAGUUGUGUGAGAGCUAACGUUUGCGUGAGUCUUUGAACAUUGUGACUGGAUCUCAGUGGAUAAUUUCAUUGUUAAGCUUGGUUUACAUAAGUUUCUCGCUGAUAGAAUUAAGAAUUAGAGGAAAUUUAAGUCGCACGCUGUGAUUUACGUCUCAUUGUAAUUUAAGACUCAAAAAUAAAAUACUUGGUGUUGUUAUGGCUCCUUGCUUUCAAUUAACACAUUAUUUUCAAGUUUUAUAUUUUAUAAAAAAUAAUGCAUAGCAAAUUAAUUAUUGUAAAACGAAACGACAAGAUUAUUCUCGACGAGAUAAUUUACUCUCGUCUCUCGCAGACGGGAAAUACUUAUGUAAACUAAGCCUAAUUCUACAUAAAAUUAACUAAGAAUUUGCAUGAAUUAUUAUUGAGCGUGUUGAUACGUUGUUAAACGAUUCGCGUGACUUGUAUAUACGGAAAUAAACGCGAUGAAAGAUGAUUUGACGAA